GGGGAACAAACAGUUGAUGUCUUGGACUGAGGACUUGCUUGUUUUUCUUUUUUCCUGGAGGAUACCAUCAUCUACGUGCAGAACGGGGACGUGGGUGCUUGAACCAGGAGAAAGCUUCCCACAGGAUGGUCGGUGUUUGGGUAGGGAAUCAUGAAUUGGAUCUAACUGCAGUGUGCGCAGGCUGCAAUAGCGUAGUCCAAAUCAAUCAGCGGGAAACAGACAGCUUCCCGAUCGAGAGUGGGCAGGCGGGGCUGUUUGUGUGCUGUAUAGAACCCUUUGCGUAAGCCGUCAGGCUGAACACUGGGGCUUGGGGAGGGCCCGGUCAUCAAGUGUGAGGUGCCCUUUGGUCUGCUGUGCUCGGCUCAUUCCCCGCCCCUGUGGCUUGGAAAUCACCCGGACCAUCUACCGGUUCUUCUGGGGAGACAAGGUGGAGGGAGUCGACGGGUCACGAUGCGCAGCCUUCUAGUUUUACAUCCAUUUUCACCUGAUUGAAUUGGAAGUCUGCAUUAUGACUACUGAGGUCAUUGGUGAUGAGGACAGAUUCUACUCCAAAGCUGAGAAAUACUGGAAAAAUAUACCUCCAACAGUGGAUGGUAUGUUGGGAGGUUAUGGACAUAUCUCUAGCAUUGACAUCAAUUCCUCCAAGAAAUUUCUGCAGCGGUUCAUUGGGGAAGGAACUGGAAAGGCAGGGUCAAACUGUGCGCUGGACUGCGGUGCUGGAAUUGGCAGAAUUACAAAGCGAUUGCUGCUUCCCUUGUUUAAAGUUGUUGACAUGGUGGAUGUAACAGAGGGUUUCCUGGCCAAGGCCAAGACCCACCUGGGGGAAGAGGGCAGCCGCGUGGGCAACUACUUCUGCUGUGGUCUGCAAGACUUCAUCCCCCAACCCCAGCGAUACGAUGUCAUCUGGAUCCAGUGGGUGAUUGGGCACCUGACUGAUGACCACCUUAUCCAGUUCCUGAAGAGGUGUCAGAAAGGUCUUCGGCCAAAUGGAAUCAUCUGUGUGAAGGAUAACGUGAGCCAGGAGGGUGUGAUUGAGGACGAAGUGGACAGUAGUGUCUGCCGAGACUUGGACUCUCUGCACACCAUUGUGCAGCUGGCAGGACUCCAAGUGUUGGCAGAGGAGAAGCAGGAUAACUUCCCUGAUGAAAUUUAUCAGGUGUACAGCCUGGCUUUGAGGUGAAGUUAGCCCUAUCCACAGAUGCGGGGAUGGGUUGGUGAAGGGGUACCGUAUCUCAGAGGAGGGAACAGGAAAAAAAUAAGGUGGUACAGCUCUGGGGUUUUGGGUUAAAUUUAAAUAAAGCACAGUGAGGAUACAGCAAACUGAAUUUUACUUUAUUCCUGAAAGGCAGCCUGCACCAUCAUCUGAGUGAAUGAAUCUGAUGAUCAGUAAACUUGGAACAAGUACUUAACUGUUGGAUACUGAGUCGCAGCUUUGGAAGAUUAAUUACCUUAGCUAGAAUCUGAUUAGCUGCAGCUAAUAAAAGAUUUUUUUUCAGAAGUUUUCAGUACAGGGAAAGAAUGAGUAUGUUUUAAAUAUUUGAAUUCAGUUUGGCACCUAGUAUGAGUGGAAAUCAGCAGGAAAACCUUGUCUGCUUUUUCUGAGAUUAGAACAGUCUACUCCAGGUCUAGAGCCUUUAAUUGGGCUUCUGCAUUUGCCCAUAUAAGAGAGGCUAAACCUCAAAGUAAUUAAUUCUCGCCUGCUCUCACUUACUCCUUUCAUUGCCCCCUAACUGGCCCUCUUUUGCCUUUUAUCUGCCCCCUGCAUUUGACUGUGAUAUUUCAUGUUAGGAAAGGCAUACUAACCUCAUUCUGAGAUGCAAGAAACCGCCUUUCAUUUUCAUAAAUGCAAUUAAUCAGAUAUCAUAAUUUAUGAAAUAAAUUAUUUUUGUGUGAACUGCGUGUAUUUUGUCAUUCAGAAGAGCUGUCUCUUUGGUACAGGGCUGUUAGUGGCGGUAUUACAGGAAUCCUCCUUCAGUCACAUGUUUCAUUUUCUCCAGUACAGAACUUGUUUGUUUAUAGUCUCUUCAGUAACUCACUAAAUAUUAAACAUAAGCUAUUUGUCUCAUCUCUGGCCAGAGGCUGAGGAGGAUCUGAGCCAGAGGCUUGACGCUUUAAUUAAGAAUGACACUGCCAAAGCAAUACUAAUGGGUAAUUGCUUUGUUAGGCAUAUAUUGUUUCCAAGGGCCUGUUUGUCCUGUCAUUUGGGCAAUGUUAGAGGAUUCCUUGGUGAUUACUGACAUAUAUUAAUGGACUUUUAGUCUGGCAACAAAAACUCUAAAUGUGAUUCACAGAUGUAAUUUUAUAGUAAGAUUUAUUAGUGAAUCAUUUAAAUAUCAAUUAUAUGAAUACACAUAAUAAUUCAUUCCUUGACUCCAAAUAUCUUUGAACAUUUUUUUGCUUUUGGAAUAACAAGUCAGAGUGAGCCAUUUUGAAGACUUCUGUUUAGUCACGCUGUUCUAACCUGCAAAAUAACCUGAAUGAAAGGAGACAAAAUAUAACUUGUCUAUGCCCAUUCACACAUUUAGCUGAGACUCCAACUUGGCCAUUCGAGCUUUGCCUCUUUGUUGUAAGCUAUGUAUAUACUACCCACAUACUUGGACUAGAGAUUUAUCUCGUUCUUUACAUCUUUUUAUAUGGAGUCAAGAUUGAACUCCCUUUCUCACACAUCUACUCUUGGACUAGAAUGAAAUAGGUUGAUUUUAAACUGAAGCACAAAAAUCCUGCAUUAAUUAGAACAUAGAAGAUAUACAGCAUGUUACAGGCCCUUUGGCCCACAAUGUUGUGCCAACCUUGUAACCUACUCUAGAAGCUGCCUAGAAUUUCCCUACCAUGUAGCCCUCUAUUUUUCUUACCUCCAUGUCCCUAUCUAAGAGUCUCUUAAAGGACCCUAUUGUAUCCACCUCUACCACCUUCACUGGCAGUGCAUUCCACACACCCACCACACUCUGUGGAAAACUGACCUCUGACAUCCCCCUUGUUCCUUCUUCCAAGCACCUUAAAACUAUGCCCCCUCAUUUUAGCCAUUUCAGCCCUGGGAAAAAGCCUCUGACUAUCCACAUGAUCAAUGCCUCUCAUCUUACCUCUAUCAGGUCACCUCUCAUCCUCCGUUGCUCCAAGGAGAAAAGGCCAAGUUCACUCAACCAAUUCUCAUAAGGCAUGCUCUCCAACAUCCUUGUAAUUCUGCACUCUCUCAAUUGCAUCCACAUCCUGUAAUGAGGUGACCAGAACUGAACAUGGUACUCCAAGUGGGGUCUAACCAAGGUCUUGGUUAAAUAUUGGCUGGCUAAUAUUUAAUUCUUCAUAUUGGGUGAUUCAGGUAAGUAAAUUAGGUUCUCAUUAUAGAAUGUCCAUUAUGGAUUGUUGAAAGUCCUAGAAAUGCAUUUUACGCAGUUGAUGAAAUGGAGAGCACUUUACCUGACAGUGUUUUAACUUUAAUACAUGGAAAACAGCAUUUUGAAGCGGUAACUCAGUUAAAAUUACAUGAUAUGUAGAAAUGAAGCUCUUCACCCAAGUGGCAGUAGACAGCACCAGUCUACACCUGUCAGUCAAGCCACACAAUGAGACUAUGGAAAAUAUGGUACACUUCCCAUAUUUUUGAGCGUACCCACUUAUGGUGAAGUCAGCCAUUGCUUCUAAUACCCUAGCAGAGUCCUUAGAAAAAGUGUUUGAAGAUCAAAGCUGCAAACCCACCAUCAAAAUCAUAGUUUACCAUAGGGAGGUAAUCUCCACCCUCAGAUUUGCAUAAUGUACUUAAGCACCUUAAUCUCUUAUAGAAAUAGCCUUCAAAGCUGUGUCUGAGAAUGUUUCAAUGACUAUCUUAAAACUUGGAAGAAUUGCUACAUGAACUCUAAAGACACCCUGGCCAAAGACUCCAAACUCUGCUGGAAACAUACAAGUAAAACUAUUCACCCCUAUGAGCUAGUUUAAGUCGGUGCAUUAGGAUUUUUUGGAUGAGCUUAAUCUUGUUCUUUACCUCGUUAUUUGUAUUUUGCACUACUUAUUUUUGUAACUUACAGUAAUGUAAUGCCUUGUACUGUACGGUAAUAAAUUUCACAUAAGAAAUUGAUAAUAAAUCUGAUUCUGACA